UGAGUAAACCAAGUAGGGUACGUUAUUGUUUGCCAUCAUUGAGAAUCACCAGGUGGUCAGCUUUUGGGACUCAGUUUAGUUCUUGAUUUUCUAAUGCUGAAAUGCCACAUGCUUCUGGUAUUUCUAUUAGGAAAAGUGGCUGUUUAAUCCAGUAGAGGAAACGUUAAGGAAGUGCUGUGAGGUUAAUUCCCUUCGACAAUGGCAAAAGCCUUGAUAGCAUUUAAUGAGUGCUUCUUGACAAAACUCAUUGUCCAUAUCAAGUACUAAUUUUAAAAGAAAACACGAUUAAUCUUUCUGCUUUCUUUAAAGUCCUAUUGUGAUAGCAGUAGCCUCAUUUGUUUUUCCCUUGCAUUCCUCGUUUAUUGUUUCCUUAUGUAAAUUUGCUCCUGAAAUGGCAUGUGCUUCAAGUUUACAAUAUUUAUGAUAUGAACUAGUGAAAGCUAAUUGAUUUGAGAAUGAAACCUACAACUCUUAUCCAAUCCGAUGAAUGUCAUUUUCUGAAGUAACUGUAAAAGAAUUGACAACUCUUUAAGCACCUUUUAAGUUUUAUGCCCUUUUCAAAACUCCACUUAUUCUUUAUUUUGUUAAGUAUGUGAUAUGACCAGGAUAGGGAAGAAAAAAAUAUUUGUCACGUGAGUGUGACUGCCUUAGCAGUGUUACCAAGUUAGAUUGGGUGUUUCCUGACCUUGGAAAAGAACAGUGACUUCCUAAACAGUAACUUCCUCAUUGUGUAGCUACCAUGAAAGCACCAUGAUUGUGAUAGAAUGUUUCCUUGAUUGUUUUUUAAUCAAAUAUAAUUAAAUUACCUUUUAAAAAAUACUUAAAAAUAUAGGAGUGAAAAGAUGUUGUAUUUUUUAAAGGACCUAGUUCAUACAAACCUUUGUUUCUUGAACAAAAUGUGAACUACCUAAAGAAAGCAUGAUUUUGGAAACCCAGCAGGAGAAACAAUUAUAGAAUCAAAGACCUGUGUUUAAAUUUGAGCCUACCUACUGGAUUGUGUGCACAUGAUUUAACUUACUUAAGCACCAGUUUCUUAUAUAAAAUGGGGAGAAUAGUGUUUACCUUAUACUUUUAUCUAAGCAUCAAUGAAGUGGCUUUAAAACUUUUAGCACAGUGUGUGACCCUUGGGUAGGUACUUAGUAAAUAUCAGCCAAAUCAACUCUUAAUUAUUAAUGAACACUUUGAAAAGGAAAAAGGGGGAGCAUAAGGAGGGUGAUAAUAAACAGAUUAAUUAUAUAUGUAUGUAAAAUAGAUUGUUAGGCAGGGAUGUCUUGAGGAUUAUUAUUAAUAUGAUAGCGACCCUGUUGCUAAGUGCAAAAGCAAAACAAUGACAUAAAAACAAGUGCGCUCAGUACUAAGUAGAGGAGAGAGAUGAAGACAGACACUGCAGGGGAAAAAAGCUGAUUAAAAUGGGUCCUUUGAUUCCACAGGCACAAAAAUCCACAGCCAGGAAUUUGCUGCCACCUCUGAGUCAGGCAGGGGGUGGAAGUGGGGUGCACAAUCCCAUUUGUAGAGAAUACCCAGUAGAUGUAGGCUGUGAGAGUCACAUUUCUUAUUUGGACCAGCAUAGACAGAAGCAAACCAAGCUCACUUAUUUCCUGGAACAGUUGAGUUAGGGGAUGGCUUAUGCACAGCAUUCACCGCUGACCCCUCACCGCCGGGACCUGUGUAGCCGCUCUAUCUGGCUAGCAAGGAAGAUUCGUUCAGACCUGACUGCUCUUACGGAAUCUUACGUGAAGCAUCAGGGCCUAAACAGGAACAUCAACCUGGACUCUGUGGAUGGUGUGCCGAUGGCAAGCACUGAUCGGUGGAAUGAGCUGAAUGAGGCGGAGCGACUUCAAGAGAACCUGCAGGCUUAUCGUACUUUCCAUGUUAUGUUGGCCAGGCUUUUAGAAGACCAGCGAGUGCAUUUCACCCCAUCUGAAGGUGACUUCCAUCAAGCUAUCCAUACCCUUCUACUCCAAGUUGCUGCCUUUGCUUACCAGUUGGAAGAGUUAAUGGUGCUCCUGGAACACAAGAUCCCCCCCAAUGAAGCUGAUGGGAUGCCUAUUGUUGGAGAUGGCGGUCUCUUUGAAAAGAAGCUUUGGGGCCUAAAGGUGCUACAGGAACUUUCACAGUGGACAGUGAGGUCCAUCCAUGACCUUCGAGUCAUUUCUUCUCAUCAGACUGGGAAUCCAGUGCAUGAGAGCCAUUUUAUUCAGGAUGACAAGAAAAAGUAGCAGUUAGCCAUCUCUCUCCCUUGUUUUCUGAUGUAAUAUAAAUAGUUCUGUGGGACCUUACUUUCUAAUCUUAAGUUUUUGAAAACCUUAACCACAGGCAUUUUCAUCCAGUAGGGUUAAGGCAGGGACAAAAUGAGCAUAUGGGUUUAGUCUGUGAUGGGUGAGUGUGUGCUGAGGGUAUAAAGGAGUAGAAGGGAGAAAGAUAAUACUCCACCUCAGUGCUCUGAUCUUUGUACUCACUAAGUAACUUUUAACCACCUCACAGACAAGAGAUAUUUUAACUCUAGUUCUGGAUGACUCUUCUGGGACACUAACAUUUACUGAGUACUAUGUUGAGGUAGUGUGCCAGGAGCUUUAUAUAUAUUAUGUGUAACUUUUACAACAGCCUUGUGAAGAAAGUGAUGCUAUUCCCAUUUGCACCCAUUUGGCAGAUAAGAAAGGCUCACACAGACUUAGUUAAGGUCACACAGAUAACAGGUGAUACACCAAAUUUGAACCCAAGUCUUUCGCAUUAUAAAGCCUAUGUGCUUUUAGAGGUCUGGUUAUGAACCUCUGUCCCUGUACCUUGUCACAGAAGAUUCGAAAAUAUGUUCAUGUAAUCUGUUCCCAGCACUGAGAAACAACUCAGUGCCUACCCUCAUAAAUCAGUAACAAAUGUUAGUGUUAAAGACAGUAUUUGCUGCCUAUACUUGGCUGUCUUAAGAUUCCAUUGGGGAAAAGAUUAGGCCUACCAAAUAUCUGAACCUCGGAAGCUGGGGAUAUGCAGUAAUUUAACCUGGCUUCAAGUGUCCACUAACAUUCUUGAAUAUUGAGUAAGGCAGUUUAUACCAGCUUUCCUCAGAUUCAUUAUAAUGAGCAAUACAGUGAUAUAGACAUUGUAACCCAGUCAUUCAUAGACAGUGGGUAGAAUGCUAUGGUUAAAAAGUCACAAAAUUCUACCACAUAUUCUCUGGACUUAAUCAUAAGGAGAGGGUGAGGCCCAUUUCUUUUCCGCUGGGGUUGCCAAAGAUUUUGAAAGAUGAAAAGCCUUCUUGCUUCACAGCAAAGUGGCAAGAACAGAAUUGCCCUGCACCAAAACGCUAUGUUAGUAUCUUUUAACAACAAAGUGUUAAAUGUUCUUGUGAGAUCCACAUGUAGUACCAAAGGCUAGUAGAUAUGAGUGUUACUGGAAAAGGUCAUUUGCAGCAAGGUCUAUGUACUAGUGGUACACUGAAGAAGUUCUCAAAUGUUUCAUUUAUUUUACACUUAACUCAUUUAAACUCAGGUUCUUGGAUUAAGAACCAAAAUUAAUUUAAUUAGUGGAGGCUUCCAUAUUAUAUGAACCUGAGCCAGAGAGGGCUAGAUGACAGCUUGUAUCUUCCUACAUGGUUCAUUACCAGAGAUCUAUGAAAUCAGUAUUAUAAGAACACUCUGGGCAUGGAGGUGUGAUAGUUCAGAGGAAGUAAGGCCCUGAUUGUUCGUGUGCCUUUAUGGAAAUAUGGGGGAGAGGGGAAUACAUACAUAGUUGGAAUUGUAAGGCACAGGUUUGAGUGUUAGGCAGUUAAAGGAAGGUCAGUAACGGCUAAAUAUAGUUUAGGAGGGGAUAGGGGCAGUGUCUCAAAAGUUGGCUGAAUACAAAAGAGAAAUCAGGAAAGGAACAGGAACAAGGCGCUUGUUUAGAAAUAGUUAGGCAAUAAUAAACAUUUGGGUCUAGCUACCACUAGAAGCUUGUUUGGUUUUAUUUUAGAAUUUUGGUACAGGUAUAUAAUUAGCUAUUGAAUGCAUAUAGGCUUGUUUCAGUUAAACUUUCUUACUUAAAAUUUCUCUGCUUAACAGUAUCAUUUUCUAUUGAUAAAAUACUUAUUACUGUGAAGCUCUUAGGUUUAUGUAGAUAAUGCUUUUGUUAAGAAAGAUGUGACAGAGGGACCAGCAGUUAGCGUAAUAGCUAUGUUGCUGAAUUCCCCUGUAGUCGACCGCAGUUCGAGUCCUAGACCCGGUGGCU